UAAACCCCGAUAAAACCCUUCCUCGUGAGCAGCGGAGCCAGUUCUCUUAGUCGACGAACAAGAAUCCCAUACUCCGUCGGACGUCGUUCACCGCUGUCAGCCCUGCGUUGUUCUGGGGCAAGCAGUGAAGAAGGCUAAAAUGGAUGCUUUUAAAGCUUUCAAAGCAUGUGUUCCCAUAGCAUGGAGCCCAAAACUAUAUAUAACCCUUGUAAGGGGAAUUCCAGGCACCAGGAGACUCCACAGGCGUACUUUAGAGGCUUUAUGCCUUCGCAAAUGUAACCGUACUGUUGUGCGUCAGAACAACCCCAGUAUCAGGGGAAUGAUCCAACAGGUCAAAAGGUUGGUUGUUGUGGAAACAGAAGAGAUGUAUAGAGCUCGUAAGCAGAAAGAGGCAAAUCACAAAGCUUUGCGACCGCCUUUGGUUAUUAGUCAUGCCCCAGUCCCUUCUGUUUCUGGAUCUGCAUAGGGCCAUAGCAAUUUUCUUCACAAGUUAUUAAGUUUUGCUUUCAUAUGAAUUUCAGUACCCUAGUUGGUAAAGCAGUGACAUAUGCAAGAGUAGGGCAGGCCAUGUUAUUUUCUUUAUCUUAUUGGAUAUCUCCCUCUUAGAAGUUGUUGAACGCGAUCUCUUAAUUAAUAAUAUUUUUAAAAGCUUAGUAAAUGAUAAAGCACAAUGGCGUCUUGCAAUCCAUGUAGCCGAUCCCACCUGGUGGGAUAAAAGCUUGUUGUUGUAGUAUUGGAUUCCUCCCUCUGUUGAAUAUGAUUAAUAUAUUGAUGAAUGCUAUCAAUUAA